AUCAAAAUUGCCCAUAAUUAUUUUCUGCAUUUUGUAUUGUUGCAAACUCAUAUAUUGCGGCGCCAUAAGCUAUUAUUUGUCUGCAAGAAAACAAUGUACGGAUAGAGGGUGGGUAUAACAAAUGACAAUAUGACAGUAGUACUUCGUAGUCUAAAUGUACUCACUUACGCUGGAGUUUGGAAACCCGUUAAAUGGAAAGGUCUCAAAGGACGAGUUUACGAUUCGUACACUGUUAUAAUAAUAAUAUCUCAUUUAACAUUUUUAAUAUCUGGAUUAAUGGAUAUGGGGUUUGAUGAUUUUGAAUUCGCUGCGAUGGUUGAUCAUUUGUCGCUAGUAGUGGGCUACGUUCAAAAUUUUCCAAAAAUAACAAGCAUCGUUGGAUAUCGACGAGACAUUAUUGAUAUUAUUGAUAAACUCAAUAGUUUUCCACUUCAAUUGAGGAAUAAUGAGGAGAAACUAAUUCAUGCUAAAUAUGAUCGACUUGACAGAAUUAUCACUUUUUGGUUUCCAACAUUAGGAAUGACUUCUAUCGCUUGGUAUACAAUGAGACAUUUCGUUGCUAUAGAUACAGCCUAUGGAUUACCUUACAGAGGAUAUUUUCCAUACAAUUAUUCAUCAAAUCCAAUUGUUUAUUGGUGCACUGCUGUUGAACAAAUGUACUCCGUAAUAUGUCUUGCUGUUGUCAAUGCAGGUUUUAAUGUAUUUUUACCAACAAUGAUGUUUCAAGUUUGUGCAAAACUUAAUGUACUUCAACAUCGCUUCAAAUUACUUAUUGAAAAAUUAGAAACUAUAUCAACUCAUGAAAAAAAUUGUAAUCAACUUCGAUUAUCAAAAAUCGAACGACAAUUGAUACGUGAUUGGGUUGAGAAUCAUAUUGCUAUUUUAAAUUUAUUUAAAUUCAGCAAUUUGUUGUUUUCAAAGGCUGUAUUUAUUCAUUACGUUACAAAUACAGUUGUAUUGUGUACUGUUGCAUAUAUGUUAUCUCAAACUCCACCUAGUGAUCUCAAUUUUGUUACUAAUGUAUUUUUUUUUAUGGUUAUGUGUUCGCAACAGUUUUUACAAUGCAUUACUGCUCAACAAGUAACAAUAGAGUUCGAAAAUCUCAAUAAUGAGAUUUUUAAUACAAAUUGGUACACUGUACGGACUACAACAAUUAAAUCAAUGUUAAUAAUAAUGUUUAAAACAUCAAGGCCCGUUAUUUUUGUUACUGGGCAUUUCGUUAAGUUAUCGUUGGAUUCAUUCAAAACUAUAAUGAAAUUAUCGUAUACAAUUUUUAAUGUACUCGAAUAAUAUGUUACAAUACAGUAAAACAAAUAUAUUUUGUAAUAUUGAAAUAAAAUAUUCUAUUGUACAGAAA